AUGGUCGUUGUGAUCAGCACCACUAAUGGACCAGAUCCAAAACUCAGCAUGUCUUCCAGAGGCAGCAGAAGAAUGAGUUUCUCCAUGAAGAACAUUCUUGACUUACCUGGUGGUUCUGGCUCCGAUGACCCGGAGGAGGCCGACACCCAUGAGAGUUCCGUAAAGGCUCAUUUUGGACAGAACUGCCAACUACGCCACCUGCAGCUGUCAGUCCAUGCGUGUCAGGACGUGUCCGUGGACGCACGGCAGGAAGCGGCGAGCGGCGAGGUUGAUCGUCGUGCAGGCGGCAAAAAGCGACGCGUCCUCUUCUCCAAAGCGCAAACGUCCGAGCUGGAACGGCGCUUCCAGCAGCAGAGAUACCUUUCUGCGCUUGAGAGGGAGCACCUGGCUGGCCUGAUCCAGCUUACCCCGAAUCAGGUGAAGAUCUGGUUCCAGAACAACCGCUACAAGACAAAGAGAGCCCGGACCGAACGCAGCUUGCAGGCGCUGCGGCUGCUGCAGGCGCGCAGGUGCGUCAUUCCGGUUCUGCUGCGGGACGGAAAGCUAUGUGAACAGGUCAGAGGUCAGAACCAGCUGUGCUUAGGUCUUCCUGUGUGGACAUACACACAAGUGCCGAACCCGGAGCAGACCCGCAUGGCUCAGACUUGGGCCAAUUGAAACCCCACGGCACCGGUCUGGUUUGGGGUUGGACUUUUCUGAUGUUUAUCGACCUUUUUUCUGUGUUUGUCAACAACAACAACAACAACAACAACAACAACAACACGUGAGGAAACAAGAAGUAAAAACACUUUUUUAACAAACAAAACAUUAAACAUUUAUCAUCUUAUAAAUCCGAACAUAAAAUCUGAAAAUGAAAAUAGAUAUUUUUGUAACUUUACACAAUUACUAUUUUUCAUUUUAUAUGAAAUUAUUACUUUGUUUUAUAUUGUAUCAUUUUAUUAUUAAAUGUUUUUCAUUUUAUGGUAUAUGACAUA